AUGGGUCACGAAGAUGCUGUUUAUCUGGCCAAGCUCGCCGAGCAGGCCGAGCGAUAUGAGGAGAUGGUCGAGAACAUGAAGAUCGUUGCCUCCGAGGACCGCGACCUGACCGUCGAGGAGCGCAACCUCCUCUCCGUCGCCUACAAGAACGUCAUUGGUGCCCGCCGUGCCUCUUGGAGAAUAGUCACUUCUAUCGAGCAGAAGGAGGAGUCUAAGGGCAACUCUUCUCAGGUUACCCUUAUCAAGGAGUACCGCCAGAAGAUCGAGGCCGAGCUUGCCAAGAUCUGCGAUGACAUUCUCGAUGUUCUUGACAAGCACCUGAUUCCUUCUGCCAAGUCUGGGGAGUCCAAGGUCUUCUACCACAAGAUGAAGGGUGACUAUCACCGUUACCUUGCCGAGUUCGCCAUUGGCGACCGCCGCAAGGACUCCGCCGACAAGUCUCUCGAGGCUUACAAGGCUGCUACCGAGGUUGCCCAGACCGAGCUGCCUCCUACCCACCCUAUCCGCCUGGGUCUUGCCCUCAACUUCUCCGUCUUCUACUACGAGAUCCUCAACGCCCCUGACCAAGCUUGCCACCUCGCUAAGCAGGCAUUUGACGAUGCUAUUGCUGAGCUCGACACCCUCAGCGAGGAGAGCUACAAGGACUCCACCCUCAUCAUGCAGCUGCUGCGUGACAACCUGACCCUCUGGACCUCUUCUGAGGCCGAGAACACCUCUGGCCAAGCCGAUGCUCCCGCCAAGGAGGAGACCCCAGCUGAGGCUGCCGCCCCCGCUGAGGAGCCCAAGGCUGAGUAA